AUGGCAGCUUUCGUUGAGAGGGAUAACGAGGAGGAGGGGUGCAGCGAGGAGGAGGACCCUCGUAGCUCCGCAACCCGCAGGCUGAGCGAGAGCCUGGCGGCGGCAGUGGUGAUGCGCCUGUCGCUUCCCGGUGAUGUUGCGGCCCAGCUGGCCGCGCUGCCCGCCACGCCCAGCGCCCUCUCCCUCGCCCUGGCUCGCGACGACGGCUCUGGGCUGGUGCACCUGCCCGUUAUGGAGCAGGGGAGCCUGGUAUGGUCCCCUGACGUGCCCGGGGAGGCGCUGCCGCAGCGGUCGGCGGCGUGGCAGAGCUUCCGCAGCGGGCGCUGUCUGCUGUGGCGCCGCAGACUGGACAGCCCGGCAACCAAGUAUGCCGACUGGGCUGGCCUCCUCCACGUUCACAGCUCGGCGCAGGCGUUGCUCACCAUGCCGCUGGCCGUGCCCGGCUACCCCGGAGCACUCGGGGCCGCCACAUUUGCGCUGGGUGCCGAGCCAGCUGCUGCGGAUGUGGAUGCGCUGCGGCUGCUGCUGGCGGGGCUGGCCUGUGCCAUCUCCCACCACACAAAGCUUCUGUGGGAGGAGUCGCUCGGCUUUCUGAACCUGGUCAUCCCCCGUCGCGUCAUCCAGCGCAUGCUGUCAUCAUCACUGUCCCUGGGGCCUCUGGCAGCGGCCGCCGCCGCUCCCGCCGGAGCUGCUGCUGUAGCCAACGGCGCACCCGCUGUGGCGCUUGAGGCAGCAUCCGAGGCUGUGGCCGAGAAUCCUGGCAUGCUGUGCACGCCUGCCUGCGCUGGUGCUGACGCGGCACGCAGAUCACUGAACAGCCCUGGUCCUUUUGGACGGGCCGCCGCUGGCACCUGCAUGCGCAUCAAGACUGCCAGCGAGUCAGACCCGUCCAAGUGCCUGCAGCCUGAGGCUUGCGGGGCCGAGGUGGCACCGGCAGCCGCGCCCUUGCUGCAGCCCGCCUCACCAACCGCCAGCACCGGCAUGCACAACGGCGUCACCACGUUGCGGCAAAAGUGGAACCUGGAGUUUGCUGACCCGGUGCUGGAGGAGCACUUCAAGACCUGGUUCAACACCCUGCAGACCAAGACAGGCCUCCUAACCGUGUUUGCUCUGGCAAUUGUGAUGCUGCUCAACACGGAGCGCUGGUACAUCGCGCACCGAUCCACCGUGGUGGCAUGCGUCCGCAUCUGCACCGCCGCAGUGCUGCUGGUGCACGCUUAUCUUGACCCGGGCUUCUACUCUGGCAGCCUGGUCAAGGCGCUGACGGGCAGCUGCUCGCUGACGCUGGUGAUCAACAGCUUCCGCAACCGCCUGAGGUUCUCAAACCACCUGCUGGUACAGCUGGCGAAGCUGUACCUCAGCGCAAUGGCUAACGCCUUCAUCUAUUCCGACCCCCAGCGUGCCAGCCACGCCUACCUGACCCUGCCAGUCACCUCCCUGCUCCAGCUGGCAGCCGCGCUCGUGCCCUCGCUGGCUGUGUAUCGCCUGGAGGCGGGUAUGCGCAGGGAGUUUGUGAGCGCCCAGGUGGCGGCCGGCAUGCUGCAGCUGCCGCCGGCUGCCAGUCAGCCCAGCACAGCGCUGCUGGCCGAGCACAGCAGCAACGCCCCUCGUACCUGGUCACCAGUAUCUUGCUCUGCCACAAUCUCCAGCGUUAUUCUCCUCUCCCUGCCCCUCCUCUUCAUGUUGCUACUGCCACUAUUCUCCCCUCCCCUGGCAGCCUCCGACCUUGAGGAUAUCGCAGCAGAUGACUGCUGGUGGAGCUGUGCCAAGCAGGACCCCCGCCCAGCCACCUAUGCGUCAGCAGCGGGCACCUCGCCGGAUGUGGUGGCACGGCUGAUGCAGCUCCACCAACUGGCAAAGGCGGCAGCCGCGGCGCUGCUGCUUCUGAAACCCCUGGCACCUGCCGACGAGGCCUCGCUGCUCCUUCUCUGCCCCUGGCUGCUGCGGCUCACCGCGCUAGCGCCUCGCGCCUCAGCCUGCAGCCCCUUUGCUGCUGCCGCCAGCAUCGUGCUGGCGCAGCGCCCCGAUGCUCCCGCCGUGGCGCCAGCCAGCCUCACGCUCCCCUCACGCCAGCAGCAGCUGCAGGCGUGCAGCCCCAGCGGUGCCACCCUGCGGUUUGACCUAAUGGGCGCGCUCAGCGCCGACCAGACAGCCGAGCUGCAGGUUUUUGAGCAGCAAGUCAACCGCGGCAUCGAGCAGUCGAGCAAGGCGGCGCUUGAGGAUGCGCUGAGCGAGCUCAGCCGCCUGCCCUCCGCCUCGGCCAUGGUACGCAGCAGCAUCGAGGGCCAGCAGAACUCGAUGCGCAGCCUGCACUCCCUGCUGUCCCGCAGGUCGGGAUCCCUCAGCCUGGACAGCCUGGCCAGCACGCCCCUCCACCACGCCAGCCCCAACUCCCCCACCUGA